UAUUUAAACUCGUAAAGAACGGUUGUCGCUAUUGUCCCAUAGCCUAAGAAGUGUUUUAGUUUGAAAGAAAAAAAGGAAGCAUUUCCAAAAUGCUCCUUACUAUACUAACAGUGAUCUUGGGUCUAGUCCUAUUAUUUUAUAUAUUUCUAACCUGGAACUUUAGCUAUUGGAAAAAACGUGGCAUUAAAGGUCCAACGCCGAAACCUUUUGUGGGUAAUUUCCCCAGUGUUUUUACACAAAAAAGACAUUUAGCCGAGGAUAUUAAAGAAAUUUAUGAAUCUUAUAAAAAUACCGAUAAUUUUGUUGGUGUUUUCAAUUGCCGUUCUCCUCAAUUGCUUAUUACUAAUGCGGAAUUGGUUCGUCGUAUUUUAGCUACCGAUUUUAAACAUUUUCAUGACAAUGAAGCUUCAACAUUUGUUGAUAAAAAUUCGGAUAGUAUAUUUUCCGAAAAUCCUUUUGUAUUAACUGGCGAAGAUUGGAAAGAAAGAAGAGCUGAAAUAACUCCAGGUUUCACACAAAAUCGAAUCAAAACAGUAUUUCCGGUAACGAAAAAAGUGUGUAAAGUAUUAACGGACUAUAUAGAAAAGGAAACCAAAUUGGGACCCAAAGAUGGUAUUGAUGGCAAAGAUCUUAGUUUACGUUUCACCUGUGAAGUGGUUAGUGAUUGUGUUUUGGGUUUACAGGCCAAUAGUUUUACCGAUAGUACAGCGCCCAUUUUCGAUAAUGCCAAGAAAUUGUUUGAACAAUCUUUCAUUUUAAUAUUGUACAUGACUUUGGCUGGUUUAAUACCCUCCUUAACAAAAAUCAAAAAAUUACGUUUUGUACCCAAACCCAUAGAAGACUUUUUCGUAGAUUUAAUGAAAAACUCUCUGAGUAUGAGAAAAGCUCAACGUGAAAAGGGUGUCAAUGAGGAUCGUGUUGAUUUCAUGAACUACAUGUUGCAGUUGCAAGAGAAAAAGAAUCUAACAAUUACAGAAGUGACAGCGCAUACCAUGACAUUUUUAGUGGAUGGUUUUGAAACUACGGCCAGCGUAUUAUCGCACUGUUUAUUGUUGUUGGGUCGUCAUACCGACAAACAAGAGAAAUUACGUCAAGAAAUUUUAGAAAAAUUAGGUCAUGAUAGUGAUUUUGACACCAUUAUGGAUUUGGAAUAUUUGGAUGCUUGUAUACAUGAAACUCUGCGCCUUUUUUCCCCUGGCUCAUAUUCUACUAAGUUGUGCACUGAACCCAUUGACUUGGUAAAUAAAGAUGGCAAAUCUUUACAUGUACCUGUGGGUGCCAGAGUAGUUUUGCCCAUAUAUGCCAUUAUGACAGAUGAGGAAAACUAUAAGAAUGCCGAUGUUUUCGAACCGGAACGUUUUUUGAAUGGUGGUUUGAAAAUGUUUAAGGAUAAAGGUCUUUUUUAUGCAUUUGGUGAUGGACCACGAGUUUGCUUGGGCCAGCGUUUCGCUUUAACCCAAAUGAAAGCUGCCAUGGUGGAAAUUGUGCGUAAAUAUAAAAUUCAUGUGAAUCCCAAGACUCGUAAAGAUAAUAAACUCGAUCCCACAUAUUUCAUUCUGCGCUUAGAUGGUGGCAUUUGGUUAGAUUUUGAAAAGUUGUGGGAUAUAUGUAUACAUAUAACUUUUAUAAUUUUUUUCACUAAUAUUUUAAAAUUCAAACUUGUCGUUAAAAAUGCUUACGAAGCCUACAAAAAUACAGAUUAUUUUAUUGGAGUCUUUAAUAGCCGCUGCCCUCAAUUAAUGAUUCUUAGUCCCGUAAUGAUGCGUCGAGUUUAUGUGACAGAUUUUAAACAUUUUCAUGAUAAUGAAGUUUCAACAUUUAUUGAUGAAAAAUCUGAUAAAAUUUUAUCCAACAAUCCAUUCGUUUUAAGUGGCGAACAAUGGAAGGAAAGAAGAGCUGAAGUAACGCCCGGAUUAACACACAAUAGGAUUAAAACCGUAUUUCCCGUUACUAAUAAAGUCUGCAAAACUAUGUUGGAUUAUAUAGCUAAACAAAGCAAAAUGGGUGAUGGAAUCGAGGCCAAAGAUUUAAGUUUGCGUUAUACCUGCGAAGUGGUUACCGAUUGUGUUUUGGGACUUCAAGCCAAUACUUUUACCGAUGACCCCACACCCAUUUUUGAUAACACCAAAAAAUUGUUCGAUCAAUCAUUUAUUUUAAUUCUCUACAUGACUUUAGUGGGUUUAAUACCUUCUCUAGCCAAAAUUAAGAAAUUACGUUUUGUACCCAAACCCAUAGAAACAUUUUUCAUUGGUUUAAUGGAAAGCUCUUUGAGUUUGAGAAAAUCUCAGCGUGAGCAGGGUGUUAAUGAAGAUCGUGUUGAUUUCAUAAAUUACAUGUUACAUUUGCAAGAGAAGAAGAAUCUAACUUUGCCAGAAUUGACAAGUCAUACUAUGACAUUUCUAUUAGAUGGUUUCGAUACUACGGCCAAUGCCUUGUCACAUUGUUUAUUUUUGCUUGCUCGUUACCCUGAGAAACAGGAAAAGUUACGUAAAGAAAUUUUAGAAAACUUGGACCAAAAGAUUAAUGAUUAUGAAACAAUUAUGGGUCUGGAAUAUUUAGAUGCUUGUAUACAUGAAACCGUACGUAUGUUCCCUCCCGGUUCACAUUCAUCAAAAAUGUGUACUCAACCUAUUGAUUUGGUGAAUAAAAAUGGUCGCACUCUACAUGUUCCUGUGGGCACCCGUGUCAUUUUGCCCGUAUAUGCUGUGAUGAAUGAUGAAGAUUAUUAUAAAAAUGCUGAUUCUUUCGAACCCGAACGUUUUAUGGAUGGUGGUUUGAAAACCCUAAAGGACAAGGGUCUCUUUUUCGGUUUCGGUGAUGGUCCAAGAGCUUGUUUAGGCAUGCGUUUUGCUUUAACCCAAAUCAAAGGCGCUUUGGUGGAAAUUUUACGCAACUACAAGAUCACCGUAAAUCCUAAAACCCCAAAAAACAAUAAAUUGAAUCCUACAUAUUUUGCCUUGAUAUUAGAUGGUGGUAUAUGGUUAAAUUUUGAAAAGAUCCAUUAAAAUUAUAUAUAUAUAAAAUAAUCCUCAAUAAAUUCUAAAUUUAACUAAUGCAAAAAUUUUAUAAAUGUUGGUUUGUAGUAAAGAAAUAUUAACAUUAUCUGUUCUCUUUCAUCAUAAUAAAUAUUAUAAUUUUUUAUUAUUAAA